AGGCACAGCGAAGCCACAGUCUCAGGGCUGGCACAGGUCUAAUAUUGAAACACUUCAUUUUGGUGCCUCACUUCUUCAAUGCUGUGGAAAGCCAGCCUUCCUCUGCUCUGGGCCCAGGAUGUGGACCAGCAAGUGGAAACAUUAGCGAUAGAGAUGCAUCCAGUCCUAAAGGCCUUUGUGUGUGGCUCCAUCAGUGGCACUUGUUCCACGCUCCUCUUCCAACCCCUUGACCUGCUGAAAACCCGCCUGCAAACUCUGCAUCCUGCUGUGAAUGGGUCUGGUCGUGCUGGGAUGGUGACACUGCUCUUUAGGGUUGUUCGUACUGAGAGUAUUCUGGGGCUCUGGAAAGGUGUCUCUCCAUCCUUUGCAAGAUGCAUUCCUGGAGUUGGGAUUUACUUCAGCACAUUGUACAUGAUGAAGCAAAAGUUUCUUGUGGACCGUUCACCCACAGCCCUGGAGUCUGUCUUCCUGGGUGCCGCUGCUCGUGCAGUUUCUGUGAUUUGCAUGUUGCCAGUGACUGUAGUGAAGACCCGAUACGAGAGUGGAAGAUUUGGCUAUGGGAGUGUGUAUGGAGCCCUGAAGAGUAUCUAUCAGACCGAGGGGGCUCGUGGCAUGUUCAGUGGGCUCACAGCAACGCUGCUGCGGGAUGCACCCUUCUCUGGCAUCUACCUGAUGUUCUACACACAGACCAAAAAGCUCACACCUCAGGACCAGAUGGAUCCAGUACUUGUGCCCUUGCUGAAUUUUGGCUGUGGGAUCUUUGCAGGGAUCUUGGCCUCUUUGGCAACGCAGCCUGCUGAUGUCGUCAAAACACACAUGCAGCUGUCACCCCAAAAGUACCACAGGACAAGCCAGGCCAUUGCCUUUAUCUACAAGGACUUCGGGCUGGUUGGCUUUUUCCGAGGUGGUGUGCCCCGAGUUCUCAGGCGCGCUCUCAUGGCAGCAAUGGCAUGGACGGUGUAUGAACAGAUGAUGGAAAAAAUGGGCUUGAAAUCCUGACUGAGUUCCACAAGAAAGGACCAACUUCACUCCUUCUCCUGCUUGUGAUCAGCUGGCACUGAGAAGUUCUCAGUUCCACAGAGGAAUAAGCCUUCCCCAGCCUGGAGGAAAAAAGCCCUUCUGAGACCGGGGAUUAGGCCUUUUGGCAAGUAGAGGAAAGGAAGGAUUGGAUCUUUACAUUGUUUGAUCAAUGCAUUCCAGAAGGACUGCACUUGGAGACUGCCAUGGGAAAUGACAGGGUUUUCACAGCCUGGUCACUAUGCUGAGAAGCCCCUUUUAAAAAUAACUCUGUGCUCACCACCUUCAUGCAAUGAGGCAGUAUUAGAGCAAAAGUUUUUGAGGAGAAAACAGUGAUGGCAGAACCUGCUAGCCUGUUCCUUGUGGGCAUAACCAGAAAGGCCACAGUGACCACCAUCUGAUGUAAAUCCUUCUUCUUCAUAUGCUUUAUUCACACAGGGGAACACUAGGCCCUGGUGGGAAACUGGAUGUGUCUCGUGAUACUUACAUUGCAGGAGUGGGUGAAAGAGAAAUGAAGUGCAGGGGAAAAGCUACAAGCAUGGUCUCUGUCAUCACUUUUGUACUGUGGGUGAUCGCAGAGAAAGUAACUGGAACCUCCUUGCUGUGUUAUGUGUUAUUAUGUUAUUGAGCACCUUAACACUCUUGAAAUGUUCUGCCUCUACAGCAGGGUUUGCACAGGAAUUAAGAAGCAUAAGGCACUUUAGAAUUGAUUGCUGCCAAAGUUCUACUUGUUCUCUUAAAAAAAAAAAAAGCUGCUGGUCUAACUACAGCAGGAGCACUCAAGUGGGUUUUGUUGGGGUUUUUUAUGCAGUUGUCAUAGAGACUUACUUGCUUCCUAUUCUUUAUUUGUUAAUCACUGAUCAAUACCGUCAGUGUGAACUGAUCCUUAGAAGUAGCUUUUAGAGCCAUGACUAAUAAUGCAUAUAUGUAUAAUGGAAACAGAUACAGAUGCUGGCACUUCAAAUUUUCCUUAAAACAUUGCUGAUUGCAUGUGGAGUAUGUUUUGGUUUGGAAAGAAAAAGUUGCUAUUUCUGUAAGCUUGCUCCAAAGUUUGAGCCCUGUGGGUACUUGGUAGUGACCUAUAAUUCCCUUAGGGCUCCACACAGACUCUUCUCAUCUUCCUGGCUGAUCCUUUUCUCUUAUGAGGUAGUCCAUAUUCGACUAUGAAUAUGGACUGAGUUUAAAUACACUUUUCAUCCUCUGUGCCUUCUUACUCUUUUUUACUGUGUUACUCAGACCUCACAGUUUGUGCCAGGUGCAGCUUGAUUCCCCCCUUCACUUGUGCCACUGUGAUGGAUUGGAUCCCUUGCAGCUCUGUUAGCAUGGGCGUGAAGCUGGCGUGGAAGUGUGCAUCAUGUUCUUUAGUGUGCCUUGCAGAAGACUUAGCUUUGGCUUUUAUUUUCUUAAAUAUCUAGGCAUAUUGCAAUUCUAGAACCAGAGCACCUGUCUCUAAACAUGAAGAGAUGACACUGUAGCUGUAUGAACAACCAGUGCUGUUGUUCAUAAAUUUUAGAGUGUAUUUUGGGCAAUCACUGCCUGCCCAGGCAGCUUCCCGAGCGCAAGAACAGAGGGGAUGUGGAUUGUUAAAGUGCUGCCUGUUUUCAGACUCAGCCCAUCUGCGAGGGGAGGUUGGUGCUCUCCAGUGCAGGAGUCUCCAAAAUUGGUGGUGGAGGAUUCUGUGUGCACAUGUCUACGUGUUAGCAACAAAGCACUGCAUCAAAUCAGGCAUGUGGCACAUUAUUUGCUAAAUCCUAAAUGUGAACACCUGUUCCUUUCUUUUGCUGUUCCUUCUGCCCUUAGUGACCAGAACUUGUGAGAGUGCCUGAAACCAUGGUAACUGCACAUCCUGCUUGUUUGCCAUCCUGAGCAUUACUGACACAGAGCUGGAGAACCAAGUCUAGGACUGAUGACCUGGCAGAAUAAGGUGGCAAUUAGAUGAGUUACUUCAUUUGUCCUUUAUUCCCCUGUAUAUACACCAACAUUGUGCUGGGAGCCUGAAUUAACUUGAUGCUUUAUGAAUCUGGCAUGUGAGUUGGAUCUGUUGAUCAUCCUGGGCUGUGGUAGCCAAGGGCAGUGUGUGGGGUCACCUGCAAGGUGCUUCUCACAUAUUUUGUUCCUGGUUUAGCAAUGGCAAACUUGUUUAGCAAUGUGCAACUCAUGCAGACAGAAACUUAAGCUCUUAAAAUGAGGCAGGCAAACAAAGAAUGUGAGGUAAUCUGGAAUUAAGUAAGGUCCUCAUCAGAAACCUGAAUUUCAAGAACACUUUGGUGGCCUUUAUGUCCCUGUACUCCUGCUUGGUCAAGUAACAAAGGAAGAAGUAGAGAGUUUAUUCCCAUUUGUUAAUGUUUCAAGUUCUGCUGUGGGAUUUUUUUGCUUUAAAUCGGGAAUCAGGCCUAAAGCAGUGUUAUCUUUUACUUUAGGAAAGCUUUUCCAUUCUGCUUUGGUGCUUUGUUAUUGGAGUAGAAUGAAAAGCUAUAUGAUUUUUGGCUUGUGGAUUAACCUGGGCUCCUCCGAGUUUAAUAAACAGAGAAUCUAAAUU